AUGGGAAAGGACAACCAGACAUGGGUGAGUGAGUUCAUCCUGCUGGGGUUGUCCAGUGACUGGCCCACGCAGGUCUUCCUCUUUGUGCUGUUUCUGGCCAUGUAUCUGGUGACCGUGCUGGGGAACCUGCUCAUCCUCCUCCUCAUCAGACUGGACAGCCGACUGCAGACGCCCAUGUACUUCUUCCUCACUGUGCUGUCGUUUGUGGACAUCUGCUACAGCAGCAGCACUGUCCCCCAGAUGCUUGUUCACUUCCUCUCAGCCCUGAAGUCCAUCUCAUUUCACAGCUGUGCGCUGCAGCUGUACACCUCCCUAGCAAUGGGCGGCACGGAGUUCUUCCUGCUGGGCGCCAUGGCCUAUGACCGCUACGUGGCAGUGUGCCACCCUCUGCACUACAUGGUCAUCAUGCAUGGAGCGCUGUGCCUGCGGCUGGCUGCGGGCUGCCUGACCGCUGGUCUCAUGAAUUCACUAAUGCAGACAGUCAUGAUCUUCCAGUUGCCCUUGUGUCACCGUGUUGUUAACCACUUUGCCUGUGAGAUCCUGGCUGUGCUGAGGCUGACCUGUGCGGACAUCUCCCUCCACAAGGUCAUGGUGGCCCUCUCGGGAUUCCUGGUGAUCAUGUUUCCCUGCUGCCUGGUGCUGUUCUCCUACGCUCACAUAGUCGCUGCCAUUGUGCGCAUUCGCUCUUCCCAGGGGCGCCACAAGGCCUUCAGCACAUGUGCCUCCCACCUCAUGGUGGUUUCCCUGUGCUUUGGAACCGCCAUCUUUACAUACAUGAGGCCUGUGGGCCAAUCCUCGGUGGAACAGGACAAGAUGGUCGCUCUCUUCUAUGCUGUCGUGACCCCAAUGCUCAACCCCCUCAUUUACAGCUUGAGGAACAGCGAUGUCAUUGGUGCCAUGAGAAGAGCUUUGGGAAAAUUGAAGGAAAAUGGCUGA